CAGAUUUUAUGAAUGAGAGAUAGGAAAGAUAUGAAUCCUUCCUAAUCUCAAGCUUCAGGAAGGUACAUAAAGCCCAAAGCAAUUCCAGGUUUGCCCCACCCCCCCCCACCCCACCCCUGCCCCUACCUUGUCCAAGGACACAGACUAGCCUUUGGCUGGCAGGUCACACUCCACCUGUAUAUAAGACUUUGCUAACAAGCAAUCCAGACAGUUACUAACAUUGAGUAGCUGAGAUGGAGCUGCUGGGAAUCACUACCCUUGCUCUUACGGUUUGUGUUACUUGCCUGGUUUUCCUUUCUGUGUGGAAGAAAAACCACAAGAGGAGAAGGCUCCCCCCGGGCCCAACUCCCCUUCCCAUCAUUGGUAAUCUGAUGCAACUUAACCUCAAGGACAUCCCUGCGUCUCUUUCCAAGUUGGCCAAACAGUACGGCCCUGUUUGUACUGUGUACUUUGGAUCCCGGCCUGCCGUGGUCUUACAUGGAUAUGAAGCGGUGAAGGAAGCUCUGAUUGAUCAGGGGGAUGAAUUCCUUGGCAGAGGAAUUAUUCCAAUUAUUGAUGAUACCCAGAGAGGAUAUGGACUCUUAUUCAGUAAUGGAGAGAGGUGGAAGCAAAUACGGCGCUUCUCCCUCAUGACCCUGAGGAACUUUGGGAUGGGGAAGAGGAGCCUCGAGGAGAGGGUCCAGGAGGAAGCCCAGUUUCUGGUGGAGGAGCUCAGGAAAACAGAGGCUCAGCCCUUUGACCCUACCUUCAUCCUCUCCUGUGCUCCCUGCAAUGUGAUCUGCUCCAUCCUCUUCAAUGACCGUUUCCACUACGACAAUGAGACAUUUCUCUCUCUGAUGAAUCUGUUAAAUGCAAAUUUUCGUCAAAUAAACUCUCCCUGGAUCCAGAUUUACAAUCUAUGGCCGCAAAUCAUAAAGCAUCUCCCUGGAGAGCACAGAGCAUUUUCAAAAAGGCUUAAAGACAGUAGGUCUUUUAUUCUGGAAAAAGUAAAGGAGCAUCAAAAGUCCCCGAAUCUUAACAACCCUCAAGACUACAUUGACUGUUUCCUCAGCAAGAUGGAGCAGGAGAAACAGAACCCAGACUCUGAAUUUCACCUGGAGAACUUGAUAAACUCCGGAUCAAAUUUGUUUACAGCAGGAACAGAGACAACCUCUACCACCCUGAGAUAUGGGCUCCUGCUCCUCAUGAAACACCCUGAGGUUCAAGCCAAAGUUCAUGAAGAAAUUGACCGUGUGAUUGGACGCAGCCAACGUCCCUGCAUGCAGGACAAGAUGAAGCUGCCCUACACAGAGGCCGUGUUGCAUGAGAUACAGAGAUACAUCGCCUUACUUCCUUCUAACUUACCCCAUGCCACAGUCCGGGACACGAAAUUCAGAGAGUACAUCAUCCCCAAGGGCACGACUGUAUUGCCGCUCCUGUCUUCAGUCUUACACGAUUGCAAGGAGUUUCCCCAUCCAGAGAAGUUUGACCCAGGCCACUUUUUGGAUAAAGAUGGCAGCUUCAGGAAAACGGAAUACUUCGUGCCUUUCUCCAUUGGGAAACGGGCCUGUGCUGGAGAGAGCCUGGCUCGCAUGGAGCUCUUCCUGUUCUUCACCACCAUUCUGCAACACUUUGUCCUGAAGCCCCUGAAGGAGCCAAAGGACCUAGAGACCAAGCCCAUUUCGGUUGGGCUUCUCAACUUGCCACCACCCUUCAAGCUGUGCCUCAUCCCUAGAUAAAGGAAGAACUUCUUUUACCAAUUGAAAUCAAAGUAAUUGCUUUUUCCUCUCACUCCUCCUACCCAAAUGGUCUCUCUCUGCAUUUUAGGUAUUGCCUGGGGCAGAAACACUAAUCAUUAAACUCUGACGGACAUUUGUUUAAGUCUACAAAUCUCUUGACACAAAGGAACAGGGUCCUGAAAGUUCCAAGGGUCAAGCAGUAUACUUAUACCCUAGAGAGUACUUUAGAAACUGUGGUCUAGCCGAAGGCCUUUAUCAGGCAAUCAGCAAAUAAUGCAGCCUUCACUCUUUCUGUGACUUUGGAGAUGUGCUGAUUUGCUCUAGUUUUUCAAAAUAGAGAAAUUAAUAUAAUCGCCCAUGUGCAAUGUUUUUCCUCUUUUCACUCGAAAAUGCAUGAUUUCUGCCACGUGACAAAAUAAAUCCUUUUUUCCCACAAUAGA